AGACAUAGAAAAACACAAACACGUACAAAAUAUUCAUUUGCAAAAUCCCAACAGCUAUUCAAUUUUUCUUGAAAUGAUGUCCAUGAAGUUGAUCGGAAGCAUAUGGCUAGUAAUGGCCAUGGCAACCGUAGCCCAAGAUAGCGCUCCAGUGCUCGACACCUCAGGGCAGGCUCUUCAAUCCGGUGUAGACUACUACAUCAAACCCGCCAUCACCGACAACGGCGGCCGUUUCACUUUGAUCAACCGAAACGACUCCUGUCCUUUGUAUGUUGGUCAAGAAAACACCUCAGGCCCCAAGGGCUACCCGGUGACCUUUGCGCCUUUCGCAGAGGGUGAGACGGUGGUAAGAGUGGGUAGGGAUCAGAAGAUCACAUUCUCUGCAUCCACAAUCUGUGUGCAAUCGACUGCAUGGAAGGUGGGUGAGACUCAGUCCGAGACCCAAAGGAGAUUGAUUGUCACCGGAAUUGAUGAAAACGAAAGCCGUCCUACCGGAAACUACUUCAAGAUUAACAAACAGGCAGAUCUUGAUGGCAUUUACAAUUUCGAAUGGUGCCCUACUGAAGUGUGCCCGAUUUGUAAGUUCAUCUGCUCAGAUGUGGGUGCUUUGGUUGAGAAUGACAAGAGGUUGUUGGCCUUGGAUGGUUCUGUGCUUCCUGUUGUCUUUGAGAGGGCCUAAAUUACAGAGCAGCUGAACCUGCUCUAGCUAUUAGGCUAUGAAUAAUGAGAGGAUCAUGAGUACCUAGCUCUUACAUGUAUCUCUUAAUUAUUAAUAAUCUUGUUCAUCUAAUCUGAUGGAAUCAUACAUGUGCAGUUGAUAAUAUUUGUUAUUUCUAUCAUAAAUAAAAUAAUAAAUGGAUUCGACUAA